GGAAAGAAAAAGAUGGCGGCGAGUUACGGGGAGUAGGAGGAGCAAGUUGUUGCUUUCUCGAUUUAUUUAUUUUGCAGUUAUUUAGUUAGACGGGUAUGCCACCGAUUUUAAGGCGGAGAAGGUCUUAUUGAUAUAAUACUAUUAGAAGCGAUGGCUUCUAUAGAAAAAUUAGUAAAGUCUUUCGAAGCUUUAAAGCUCGUUCAAUCGUCUGCAGGAGGCGAAGAACCGCUACUUAAGAAAAAAGAAACUGUCCUGACUAAGAAAGAGAAGAUCAUUCACUGUAGCAACAUUGCAGAUGUAAUUUGCACCAGUAGCAUACGGACUUACUCGGAGUUCCCCAAGCUGCUGGGGAUCUCGGUGGAGAGCUUCUUUUUCUGCUGCGACGAUGAGGACAGUGAUGUGCGCAUGGUGGCUGACGAAUGUCUGAACCGUACAAUAAAGACCCUCCUGGAUUCGCACCUGGGACGCUUGCAGGCAGAGCUGUACAAGGAGAUCAAGAAGAAUGGCCAGAGUCGCAGCCUAAGGGUGGCCCUUGGCAAAUUUGGGGAUUUGUGCCACUUGAUCAAGGCUCAGAAAUGCAGGCCCUACACGGUGAACCUGCUGCCCUGCUUGGUGCACAUCAGCCAGCGGUCAGAGGAGGAGGCUGUCCAGGAGGCCUUGGCCAACACGCUGGUGCGGGCGAUGCCCGUGCUGGGACAGUUCACCAACGACAAGGACAUCAAGAUGCUGCUGCGAACGUUUCUGGCCAACCUGUCGUGCCCGUCGGCGCUGGUGCGUCGCUCGGCGGCUCUGUCCCUGGUGACCGUCUGUCAGUAUUCACGCAAGCCCAACGUCUUCUUUCUCUGGCUGCUCACCGACCUGUUUGCCCUGGUGCUACCGGUUCAGGAGGGGCACCCAACGCACACAGUGGUAGGAGUGCUGGUGUGCCUGCGCCACCUGAUCCCCCACCUGGGCACCCGGCCCCCCCGGGAGGCGCCUGCACCGGCAGACAGGGCUGGCCCCACCCUGGAGCACUUUCUGAAGAUCUACGAACUGCUGCUCCACCACGUGGGAAACACAGAGCAGUCGGUAGUGACAGCAGCGCUGGAAGCGCUUCAUCAGCUGCUGACGACGCCGCCCCCACCGCUGGUGCAGGCCCUACUCAGCACCAGUGGAAUCAGCCAGUCGUACAUCCAUGCGCCCAGCCACAGACCGGCGUCUGGAGCAUCAGGAAUGGGUUCGUCUCUCAACAUAGAGGAGGAGGUUGAGCUCAUGGACGACAAUGAAGACCCACCAUUGGGACGCUGUGCAAUGGCGAGUCGGGCGUCGUCCGAGCACCCGUCGGAGACUGAGGAUGUGCCCUUCUCAGAGGCAAGCGUGGCUUCCUGCGAGGACUCUGACUUUUCUAGCACUACCCCUGCCCAGCUACUCGGCCUGGACAGCCCCUUGCGUCAUCCGGGCUCCCCAAGAAGGCUGGACCCGAGGCCAGAUGAAGAGGGCGACAGGUCCUCGGUUUGCUCCUCUCCCAGGAUCGACCUCGUGUUUGGCAACCCUGGGUUAUACCUGGACGAAGACGUGGCACUCAAGUACUGUGCGCGCCUGCUGGCGUCGUCCUUUCUCCUGACGGGCAUGAGUGGCGUGGUGAUGCCCGACUGCCAGGUGCGCGUGAGCGUGAAGGUGCUGGCUAUGGGCUGCCUCACGCGCGUGCUGCUACUCUACCCGCCGGCCCUGUUCCUGGACCUGCAUGUUGGCCAGGACGAGGAUGAGGCGCAGAAGAUCUGGGACGUGCUGGAGUUUGUGAGCCACCCGGACCCCCAGCUGUGUGGCCAGACAGCACUGCUGGUGGGGCACUACCUGGGCUGCACGCUGCGGCUGGCCAGUCACGGCUGGGAUCGCUGGGCUCGCAGGCAGACCAUGAGAUCAGACGUUCCCCAGCUGGCGGAUCUGGUGGACAAGAUAAGUGGGGUGGUGCGCAGCCCCUCGUCUGUGUCUUGCCGCACUGGGCUGCAGGCCACUCGCCUGUGCGUGGGGAGCCUGCUGCGGUCGUGCCACGCCCACCUGGUGCCAGCCCUGCUGGAGGCCUGCAUGAAGCUCAAGGACAACACCUACUGGCUGGUCAAGGUGGAGCUUGCCGAGAUGAUUGGAGAGCUGUCAUUCCGUGCCUUGCAACACCUGGAGGCUGUGUCGGGCUGCGUCUGGAGAAGCGUCUGCCCACGCAUGGCCACCUACCAGGAGGUUCUGGUGCAGGGCAUUCUCCUGGACCUCCUGGGAGACGAGGACAUCCGCGUCAGGACUGCGGUCACUGCUUCCCUCUCCAAGUGCAUCCCGCAGCUGUACUAUGCUGAGGAGCAGCCCGGCGAGAGCGCAGUGUCGGCCGAGGCGGCGGCGGAAAGCAGUCUCCUGCUUGGCUGGCUCCUGCAGGACACCUGGAGCUCAGGACCCCCCCGGGUACACGGCCUGGUCGCUCCCUUCUGCUGCCGGGCACAGGGCGCCGCCCAUGCCGAGGCGGCCCUCUCACGCCUGCUGCACUUGCUCCGCCGUCGCCUGCUCACCUCCUCCAACAAGCACCUUCUGCACGGCGUCUGCCAGGCACUGUCCCAGCUGGUGGUGGACUACCCCGUCACGGUGUACUCCUUUGCAUGGACCAGCGCCCUGGGUUCGCCCGUGUCAUCAUCUCUCACUUUGCGGUCUCAAGCCAGUGUCAGUUCCAGCGGCCUGCACGAGGGCUCCACGGGCGGUGGCUUGCUGGUGCACCUCGUGGCCCUGCUGUCGCCCCUGGCCCUGGACCUGCACGUGCACCAGCACCUGCUCACCGUGGCCGGACACCUGCUCGCAGGGGCCUGCUUUGGGUGCCUCCAGCCGCAGGACAUUGAGGCCGUGGCCAGCCAGGACGGAGAGGAGCCGUGGGCCUCGAUGCGCGACCGCCACCUGGUGCCGCUGCUUGACAGGCUCUUCCAGCACGCCAUGAGGCUCCUGAACGUGUUUGCCCACAUCCUGGAGGAGCAGGCGGUCCCCACACGAGGGGGGCUCGGCCUGUCGGGGAGCCCCGCCCUGAGCCCCAUCCGACGCCGGAGCAGAGGCCGUGAGGAUGCUCCAGCCAGCACCGGCAACACAGCCAAGGCGGCCACGGGGAAGCCUGCUUCGGAAGUGGCCAGCAAGACGCCUGUGGGACUGGGCCACUUUGCUUCCCUGCCGCAGUACCUCAAGCUCUACGAGGUCCUCAAGGCAGCCCAUUCCAACUACAAGGUGUCGCUGGACUCUGGCAGCAGCGAGAAGUUUGUGGGGCUGCUACGUGCGGCCCUGGUGGCCCUGGGCCAGCUGUUGGAAGUGGCCCAGCUGCAGGACGUGCACGGCCACGUGGAGGAGUUGCUGGGGUACCUGCGCCUGGCCAUGGCCGUGGAGCCCCUAGCCACGGUGGAAUGUGUGCGCCAGCUGCUGAAGGCCCUGUUUGGGACGAACCUGACGAGCCUGUGGGAGGGCACCAGUGAGGCGCUCCCGGCCACCCUGGCGCCCUCGACGGGGCUGUACCACAACUGCUGCUCGGGUCCCUACGCCGGCCUCUCGAAGCUGCUGGCCGGCUACAGCGCUCGGUCGCCUCUUCUGACCGCCGAUGCCACCGCACUUGGAAGUUGGCUGAGCUGGAUGAGGCGCGGCUGCGAGAAGAAGAUCUCGACGCUGCUCAAGCCCGGCAGCAAGAAGGGCAAGGCGGUUCUGGCGGCCCACAUUCGGCUCUUUGAGCCCGUCGUGCUCCAGGCGCUAAAGCAGUACACGGUGUCGAGCAGCGCUCACCUGCAGGCGAGUGUCUUGGACCUGCUGGCACAGCUGGUGCACCUGCGAGUCAACUACUGCCUCCUGGACUCUGACCAGAUCUUCAUCGGCUUCGUCAUCAAGCAGUUUGAGUUCAUCGAGGAAGGCCAGGUCCUGCAUGCUCAGGUGCUCAUUCCCCAGAUCUUCUACUUCUUGGUGCUGCUGUCGUACGAACGCUACCAUUCGAAGCCCAUCAUCAGCAUGCCGGAGAUCAUCCAGCUCUGCGACCGUCUGAUGGCCAGCGGCCAGCCGCCGGACAAGUAUGUGAUCCCAGCUCUUCAGGCGAUAGUGGAAGACCUGUUCCUGUUGCCAAGUGCUAACCGGACCGACUCACGCAAGGAGCUCGAGACACAACGGGAAGUGGUGGUCUCUGUGCUCCUGCGGCUUGUACAAUACCCAGAGGUCCUAGAGCUGCUUUUGGCCGUGGUUCACCACAGCUACCAGGAAGGAGAAGACAGGUGGAAGAAGUUCUCGAGGCAACUCAUCGACGUGAUCCUGCCCCUCAUGUCACAGCUGCAGGUACGCCUGGACAACCGCCAUGCGUUAAACGUGCUCCAGAGACUCUUUGACUCAGUAUCGCCUAGUGUCUUUCGACCUGUGGACAUCCUGCUCAAGGCCUUGUUAGUGAGCCCCACUGAACCGACAGCGUGCUUCCCUGCGGAGCGCUGGAUGUGCCUGGUCCUGGCGAGUGUGCGGGUGCUGCUGGCCCAGACGAGGGAGGAGGUGGUGCUCUCGCGGCUGGCCGACCUAGCACUGCCCCUGAGGGUGCCUCAGGCGCUGGCGCCCGAAGCCCUCUACGACCCCCUCGACCUUCAGUCCCUUGGUGACAACACAGAGAAGGCUGUGGCAAGGUACCUCAUUCAGGUUGUGAAUGUCUAUGGGAAGCACCUGUGCAAGAUUUUGCUGCAGAGCCCUGGCGCGGAGGCCAUCUUCCCUUUCCAGCAGAUGUCGUGCCUGCUGUUGUACCUGACCCAUAUGUUUCAGUCGGGGAGCUUCCGUCGUGUAGCCACGGCGGCCAUGGAAGCGGUGCACGCCGAAUCAAGUGCCGGCACCGAGGUGUGCGGCAUUGAGGAGACAAAUGAGCAUUUCCUGUCGCUGGCCUACGCGUACCCGACCCUGACGGUGCAAUGGUGCAACAUCUUGACCCUGGUGAACUACGGACAGCAGGGCUUCUGGUCGAGACUUCUGUGGCCAACGUCGCAGCCCUUGUCACCUCGCAGGAAUCGCAGCACACCCGCAUACUCGUGCAGCUCUGAGCUGGUGUCCCAGGCAGGCCUCAUCUUGCUCUGUGACUACCUGUGUGAAAACAUCUAUGAUGCAGAACCAAUGACGUGGCUCAUUGUGAACCAUGUGAGCGAAAUCAUACAUCUCUCUUCAGAGCCCCCUGUGUCUGACUUCAUCAGUGUGAUACAUCGAAACCCGGCUGCCAGCGGCCUCUUUGUGCAGGCUGUGCUGACGCGAUGUGAAACUCGAAGCAGUGCGUCCUUUGUGGGUCGGCUGCUGGGCUGCCUGGAGGGCAUCCACCCGGCCCAGUGUGGGGCCCUGCUGGCCCUGUUGGUGGAGAAGGUAUUGCCCACGCCCCACCUGUGCCUGGCCCGGUCGUGCGAGGCUUUGGCUCAGCGCCAGGUGGAGCUGCUUCUCGCCCAGCCCAGCUCCUCUCUGCAAGAGCUGGCACGCCUGCCCGAGUUCAUGCGGGCCACCAGGCUGCACCGCAGGCACCCGCACCUACUGGCGCUGCUCGAGAAACUGCUCAAGGGAGACCCCACCCAGCAGCUGGCCUCUGGAGAAGCAGUGGACGCAGCCGGUGCACCUAAGUGGAGCGUGAACAAGGAAUGGUUUCUGUGCCAAGUGCGGGAGCGCUGCUGUUCAGGACAAGCUUGGCCCAUGGAAUGCUCUCAAUUGCUGGCCAACUUGGGCUACGAAGAUGCUCAGGCCAUUUUGCAACUGAAGGACGUGAGCCCCGCCAUUGUGUGUGCCAGCCUGCGGCUGGGGGCGCAGCGGUGCGGCACGGCCGAGUCGGCGCUGUACCGGGCGGCCCGGUCCAGCGUGCUGAGCCGACUGCGGCGGCUUGUGGCGCAAGUUCCCCAGCUAGCGGCUGCAGAGUGCCCCAGGGACCUGGCUGCCCUGCUGGCGGACGGCCCGCUCUGGGAUGCCGUGGGCCGCCUGGCCCCACCCACGGCGGCCUACCUGGAGGGCCUCACCUCACUGGCGGCCGACGUCCCCAUGGAUGGCCUCGAGGACCUUGUCAGGUUUGCCGUGCUCUGUGCCGAGGCGAUCCGGUGGACCACGGACAGUCCGGAGCGCUUCUCAUGCAGCCAGCUGGAGGCCUUCCUGCGAGCAUUGGACUGUGUGCUGAGCUGCCCGAGCCUGGCUUCUCUGAUGGGCCUCCCCGAGCAUGCCAGCUGGGUCUGCUCGGUCGCGGCAGCAAUCUACCACCUCGUCUCGCAGCUGAAAGGGUGGAGGAGCUUCCCGGUGGCCCUGCAAGAGCCCCCGGCCGACUCCCUGGCUGCAGGGCGGGCUCCGGUGCGGGAGGCAUGUGUCCAGGUGGCCGAGCUGGUGGGCUGGCUCGAGCAUGCCGGAAGGGAGCCCCACAUCCCCACUUUCAUCCGCACCAUGCUGCACAGAGUUAUCACAGGUGUGGCCCGGCUACCCCUGGUGAACGGCUUUGCCCGCACGCCCCCCGUCCUGUGGCAGAUGCAGUGGGCCCCCCAGUGGGAGGCACCCGUCCCGCCCCCUCCGGCCGACUGGUUGCUGGACCGGGACCUGCUGCACGAGUACAUCUACCGGGCCAACCUUCUCGGCUGGAUCUCGCGACAGCAGUUCGAAGAGACGUGGAUGGCCCUAUUGGGCGUGCUCAACACGUCGCCAUCAAGCGAGCGAGAGACCCCCGAGGAUGAACAGGAGCGCACAGCAGUGCAGUGUCUGUCUGUACGCUGCAUCACCAGCCUGCUGCUGCAGUCCUUGCGGCUCCCACAGCCAGGCAACCCACACAGUAGCAGCCUGCUGCACCAGCCCCGUGACAAGCCCUUUGCCUUCGUGCACACGAGGUGUGGGAAACGACUUCAGGCUGUUCGAACACCAGUUCACGAGGCGUUGCUGAAGAUGCUCAAACUCAAAACCAACAUGGCCUGGGGUCGUUCCAACAUUGACAAGUUCUGCCGUUACUCGGACUACUCACUUGGCCAGGUGUCCGUGGAGUACAUGUGCGUGGCGGUGGGGCUGGCCGAGGACGUGGCGAGUGCCUCAUCACCGCUCUCGUCAUCGUCGUCGUCGUCGUCGAGCCAGCACUCGCCGCCCGGGGGCAGUGCGGGCUGCCUACGACGGGAGGCCGGCCUGGCAGCGGCUGGGCUGGACCUGCGCUCAUGCCUGCACUUCCUGCUCGACCUGUACACCCAGUGGCUUGGCCCGCCAGAUGCCAUCGGCCAGCCACUUCUCACGGAGACCAUUCGUUCGGUGGUGAUGCUCUCGGACAUCUUCAUGGAAAGCUCACAGUUCGACUGGAUGCUGAGCCUCUUCAUGGACAUGUACCGGCACCACCCCAGCGAAGAUGAAGUGCUUGCUCAGUACCUGGUCCUGGGCAUCGCCAAGGCAGCAGCAGUUGUCGGCCUGGAUUGGGACAUGCAGGAGAAGAUGCGCAAGUUUGUGGAUCUCGGACUGCACAGCCCGAUGCCGUCGACGCAGCUGCUGUCACUGCACGGGCUGCUGUACCUGCUGGCACAGCCGGGUGACGCGGCCGCGCCUCUGCUGCCCUCUGCCACAGACUACUUGGCGAGGCACCUCGACGAUUCGACACUGAAGGACAGUGAGCUCGGCAUGCUAGCUGUUUGGGCCCUGGCUUUCUUCCUGGCCGAGAACUACCCCAAGAAACAGGACCUCACCUCCAGGAUUGUCCAGGCAAGCCUGGGCCUGUGCAGCGGAGGAGAUGGCAUCCCGCAGUCGCUGCACCUUUGCAUCCUUCACGGACUUGAAAGGCUGCUCUUGGCAGACAUCGUUGACAGCCAAGACAGCCAACUCGUUGUGAAAGUGUGCGUCGACCGUGUGCGACAUGGCAAACCUGGGGAGUCCCUGUCGGCUCUUGGAGUUAUGCUGUCGGCGCUUUACAUAGCCCAAGGAGUGAACAAGCGCCGGUCACAGCCGUCCAUCGAAAUGGAGCCAGCCAACAGUGAACAGCGGGCUGCUGCCCUUGAGCGUGCCACUCUGCUUUUUGAUCGGAUCAAGAGGGGCUACCCGUUUGAGGCGGACCUCAUCAGCCAGAUCCUGCCGGGUUUCCUGGGCGAGUUCUUCCCUGCCCAGGACAUUUUGAACAAGGUGAUUGGGGAGUUCCUGUCGAACCAGCAGCCCCACCCCCAAUUCCUCGCCGCGGUGCUGUUCAAGGUGUGCGAGGGCCUUCACGAGGGAAACCACGAGGAACUCAUGCACGACUGGGUGCUGCUGUCGCUCUCCAACUUCACUCAGCGGUCACCACUGGCCAUGGCCAUCUGGAGUCUCAGCUGCUGCUUUGUGGCGGUCACCGCCACAGUCUGGCUUCGUGCAUUGUUCCCGCUGAUCCGGGGCCGGAUGGGCCUGCUCGAGGAGCACGAUCGGGAGCUCUUCUACAUCUCGGCCCUGGACUUUGAGCGGCAGCUGGCCAGGGACCAGCACAGGGCGCAGUUCCACAGCGUGGUGAGGAGCGUGGCCCACCCAGACACUCCGUACGCCGAGCUGCUCAAGCGGCUGCCCCAGCCGUCCUAGGAGCCCAGCGAUGGAGCAAUUGCAUCUCAUAAUGGUGGCCUCUGCGGACGCUGUACAUAAGCCUUUUGAAGCUGAAACCACGGCUUGAAGCCUCCCGACAUUCCAGAGUGCUCUCCAAUGCCAGCGCUGGAGCAGCACUUUCUCUUCUUGGCUCACGUUUGGCAGCACUCCUGAGGGGAUGCGAAGCAUGCUAGUCAGGUUGGUCGCCCACUUGGCAUCUGUGGAUGCAGGAAUCGAGUAUUGCAUCGGCGCAAGCCAAACCAAUCAACUUGUACAGCCCGUUUGAAUAAAUUGAAGCAAGGAAGUGUUGGAA